ACCCUGCUGGCUAGGGCCCUGUAUGACAACAUAGCCGAGUGCAGUGAUGAGCUGGGCUUCAGGAAGGGAGACGUGGUUACAGUGCUGCAACAGGAAGUAGACGGGAACUGUGGUUGGUGGAUCUGCUUCCUGUCUGGACGACAGGGCCUGGCCCCAGCCAAUCGCCUGCAGCUCCUACCACUUGCCCCACCCCAAACCCCGGCUCAGACACAGGGCAAGGUGACUGAUCUUGGUGCUGGUAGUGUUGACCCAGGUACCAGUCAUAACAGUGACUCUGAUAGGCCGGGGAACCUCUACCAGAUCCCCAGCAUUCCCCGACACACCCAUUCCUCCAGCCCCGCCUACGAAUGCAUGGACCGCGUCUACAAGGUCCCCUCCAUCCCUGGUCCUGGUCCAGCCCGCCACAGCCCAGCCUCCCCACAGAAACACCACCCAGACGGACCUGAGGGGAACCACCACACCAUCAAGGCAUCUGUCAGCAGUGUGUUCUCUGGCUGUUCCAAGGGAGAGGUAUAUGAUGUCCCCGGCAUUGUUAGACGAGCCUCUCUCUUCCCUGCAUCAACAACACCGCAACAUUUGACCCAGACGGCGUCGUCGAUGGCAACCUAUGAGCUGGAGAGACAGUUUGACACCCUGGGCAGUAGGGGGCGCUGCAGCCCCAGCCCCAGUCCCAGCCUGGACAAUGUCUAUGUUGUCCCUCCCCCGGUGGUCCCGGACCCCAGCUAUGACAUCCCUAUCCCGUUCUCCGGCCCUCCGGCCUCAGACACCCAGCAGAGGCUAGUGGCCGGAGGCUACAAUCCCUUAACCAGCCCCCAGAGACAGCAUGGCAGCUACAGCACCCUCCCUAAACCCAGCAAGUCAAACUGGAUCUACGAUGUGCCCAGCUCUCCUGAGAAGCCUGGUGGUGAGUCUGGGUACUACACACACCUGCCAUCUGGUGGCCAGCCUGGGAACUACACCACCCUGCCCUCCAAGGACCUGAGCUCUGCCAGCCAGCUCUACGACACUCUGACCCGUAACUGGUCUGUUCAGGGCUGUGGAUCUGCUCAGUCCUUCUACGACAUCCCCAAACCCAGAUCCUCUCCCCAGGGGUCCCAGGACCCCCCCAUCCCCCCCAGGGUCCUCCCCAGGGCUCCUCUCUACAACAGACCCCCAGGGCAGAGGCAGACGGAUGAGGAGCGCUGUGUGUACGCUGUCCCCCCCCGGGAGCAGCUCUCAGUCUCCGUCCCCCAGCGAGGACACCAUGUCCCACUGGAGUGUCGGGGGAACUCUGGCCCUACCUACGACCACCCCAACCCCCAGGGCAGGCUGCAGAGGGGCCGUCUGGGGCUAGUGGCUGGUAGGGGAGACACUCUGCUACAGGAAGAGGAUGAAGAGAGAGGAAGAAGGUCAACAUCAGACAAACAGAGGAUUAGCACAGCCUCCACCUCCUCCACCUCCUCCUCCUCCUCCGACUCCCUGGUGCUGUGCUCCUCCUCCCCGGAGCCGCAGCGGGAGGUGUGUCUGAGCCAGGAGGAGGCGUGUCGCAGGCUGCACCUCCUACAGCAGGAGGUGUGCAGGGAGGUGCCGCGUCUCAUGGAGUUCGUCUCUUCUCGCUGGAGGAGCAGGGAUCACCUGGGAAAGCACCUCACGGAGAUCAGGUCUGCAGCAGAGGGCGUGGCGGGGUCGGUGACCUCCUUCCUGACCUUUGCACUGGAUGUGAAAGGUAAUGCCCGGCGCCUGACUGACUCCAACCUGCAGGCGCGUCUCCAGCGCCAGCUCUCUGUGUUGGAGGACUCCGGCAUCAUCCUGCAGCAGGCCGUCAGCUCCCUGGGCGUCGCUGGCUGGCCCCUCUCCUUGCUGGCCCAGGAUCCCGCUCAGAACCACACCCCAGACCAGCUGGACCGCCUCGUCAGGGUAACCAGGACCGUCCCCGAGGACGUCAAGAGACUGGUGUCCAUUGUCAAUGCCAACGCCAAGCUGCUGUUCCGACCCACAGAGAAGAGAGAGGCAGACGGACCCAGUACCAGCAAUAAUACCAGUACCUCGACCAGUCAGUUUGUGAAGAAGAGGACAGAGCAGGGAGAAGACUCAGGAACAGAUCAUCAUGACAGUGUCCAGGUACAGGAGGACCAGAAGCGUCAUGUCUCUGAGCCCCAGGUCUGUGUGGACGGCCCUAGGAGGUCUUCAGAACCCCUGUCCCCUAGGAAGCCCUCCAUGUCUGACUCUGGUGACGCCCCCAGGAGGACCUCUGAGCCCCAGGGCUCCCUGUCCGCUAGGAGGCCCUCUCAGUCUGAGCCCCACGUCUCUGACACCCCUAGCCCUGCGAAGUCCUUUAACUCCCAGGUAGACAGCCCUAAGAGACAGCCCACCGUGUCAGAACAUUGCCGGCUGUACUUCGGGGCACUGCAGAAGGCAAUCGGUGUGCUCAUCACCAGCCUGCUGGACAGCCAGCCCCCGGAGAAGUUCAUCUCCCACAGCAAGCUGGUCAUCAUGGUAGGCAAGCGGCUGGUGGACACGCUGUGCCGAGAGGCCCAGAGAGGGGAGCCUGGGUCGGUGUCGGAGUCAGGGUUGGGGCCCAGCCAGAGCCAGAGCCAGGUCCUGCUGUGUAAGGCCAACCAUCUGUGUGCCCUGUUAAAGCAGCUGGCAAUAGCCACCAAGAAGGCCGCGCUGCAUUACCCUGAGAGACCUCCUCUGCAGGAGGCCCAGGACUUUGCCAAGGAGCUGGCUCAGAGAGCACAGCACUUCAGGAUCUCUCUGGACCUCUGAGAGAGACAGACUCUUAUUUUAUAGUCUAGAGACAGACCUUUAUCUUAAGGACGCAACAGACCAGUGCUGAUGAACAGUUAAAAGCUGUCCUCUCCCCUCUGACCACAGAACAUUGCCAUAGUGUUGAAUCUGCACCGUUCAUCAACACGCAGCAGGUGCUCCAUAGCCGACGUUCAUGUUUGUCUGUAGUUUCCUAGUCACCGGAGCUCUAAAAGCCAAUUUAUGCUUGAUCUGAAAAUGUGGUCGGAGGUGCCGUAUGGAUGGUGUGAUGCAAUUGCGGAGCCUCUGGAUGCAUGCAGAGGCCAAAUUGAGCUCCGUACUGCAUCGCCGUAGGCCGGCCAAAUUUGUUAACAAUGCGGAGGGCUCCGUAUAGCGCCGCAUUGACAUGAUUGGUUGACGGUACGUGAGGGCGGGACGUCCUGU